GAAUCAGAAUUCCAAUCUCCUUCUAUUCUUUUUUGGACUAUUUGCUUCGCAACAAAAGCCGACAAAAUAGAUAAACUUUUCAAACUGAUACUGCGAAAUCGGGCCGAUAACAGCACAAAACACUUUCCAAUCAAUCAAUUAACAGGCCCCCCAAUCCUUCAAUAAUUAUCCCCUUUUUGCUUUAGAUUCGCCAUAGCCCAAAUCCCAAUUGACGCCAUCCACUUCCCACUCUUUUACCGUCACAGAUGACAAUAUCAAAAGCUGAGUAGGUAGGUGAUAGUUGGUUAGAAGAAACAAUCUGUAAAUCGUUGCAUUUCUAGUCAUAGAAGUGAUGGGUGCUUGCGUUUCAUCGCUACACAAACCUUCUGCAAUGAAGGUACGCUUAUCAUUUGGGUGUAAUCGUAAACCAGACAAACACCUCGUGAUCCCUCCUUCCCCUGUUAAGGAAAGUCCUCAGAUAAUCAAUGACAAUGUUGCUGUUAAACCUCAGUGGCCUCCUCUCCAUUCCACCGCUAAGCCUCGCGAUUUUGGUAGUAAAGAGGAGACGUUUUAUGAUUCGCAACCGUGGUUGGAAUCCGACUGUGAAGAUGAUUUUAUGAGUGUUAAUGGAGAAUUUACACCAUCAAGAGGCAAUACUCCAGUGCACCAUAACUUCACCGCCGGAGCACCACCAAUGAAGGGCGGAGCACCUUCCAUUAGUGACCAUGAAUCUUGUAUUACUCCAAAGAAGAAAAAGAGACUUUCUGAGCUUUUCGAAGAAGGCUUAAUAGAGAAGCAUGAAGUUGAUGAGAAAGAAGGCAAUGAAAAGAUGGCGGCAGUAAAUGGUGGAGGGUUAAAAGCCAAGAGAGAGAGGUGGGUGGAGGCUGUGCAGGUGAACAGCUGCUUACCUGGCUUGCUUUCCAGUUGUAGGCCCGUAACUACUACUACUGAUACUCAACAAGCACAAGUAAGAAGAAAAUGAACCCGUUUAUUGGAUCACUCCUGUGACUCCAAUUUCGUUGAAUGUAUAGUUAUGAAAAAGGCGUGUACCAGACUGUGAUACACGUAUUUUAUAAAUUUUCUCAGUAUAAAUAUGCUUAUGUUAAUGGUAUGGUACAGAUGAAUUAUGUUGACCAUCAGGUCUGAAAUGGGAUGUUUUGGGAUCUAGGAAACAAAA